AUGGAGCUGCACAUGAGAUUUGGGCUUACAAAAGUCCUGUCGUCGGGCACACUCGAUCGUGUCAAACAAUGGGAGUGGAGUGGAGUGAGGCUGUCUAAGCUGCUAGCAGCUGUUCAUCCGCUGGUUCGAUAUAGGGCCGUCCCUUUGUCUCUUCCUCUGCCGUCUCGCAGCUCACUUGAACAGACGCCACAGACCCGCCCAGGCCAGGCCCAGCGAAAUCCCGGCUAUGCCUGCCUGGCGACUGCGCAUGCCAAAAAACGAGCCGCUCUUCAGGAUGGCUUGGCGCUGUUGCUGGAGCUGGGAUGUGCCCGAGAUGUAGCUGUACGCCGCAAGGCCGAGGAAGGCACCGCCGCCUGUGAGUGUCAGCCCGAGUCAAACUGUCCACAAUACCGUGGAAAGUCACAGAACACGGAAAAGAACGUAAACCAAGAAGAAAAGGAGGGAAAACGCACCAACAACACGACACGGCAGACAGUCUUCGCCGCGGUCCUCCUUGAGCAGGUCCUGGUACUUCUCGGGCCGGUCAAGCGACGCAACAGAAGGAAUAUUGCUGCUGCCCAUGGUUGGGUGGUCGUGAUGGUCUCGUCUCGCUUUCAGCUGUAUUAUGUAAUUUUCGAAGGCCUAAACUGGCCAUCCGCUACCGAUCCACAGGCCGCUGAUUUCCAGAUUUGGCGGGGCAUGCGACCGACUCGUGCCCGCCGUCCCAAGCUGCGACAUCGCGUCACCACCACCGACAGUCGCUCUUUCUUGCACCGAAUUUCUGGCCUCCCACUCCUUCCUCUUUCCUCCUUCCUCCUUCCACAGUCCAUGGCCCUCGCUCUUUCCGGCAACCACAACCCACCAUGGACGGGUGCCCCCAUAUUGUCGCACACCUAUACGGGGCGGCCGCUCUCCGCGGCACAGCUCCUCCCGCUGUAUCUCGACCAGCAGCGCCAGCAGCAGCAACAACAAACGUCUGCUUCUUUCUCGUCGUCGUCCUCGUCGCUCUCUUCCCCGUCUGCGUCUGCGGCCGCCAGUCCUGCGGCGCUGCGCAAGCAGCCCGCCAGUCUCGUCUACAUCUCCGACACGAAUCCGCCAACGCUCGUCUUCUCCAUCGUCCACGCCGGCCUGCUCCUUUUGCUGACGACAUCGUCGGAGCUGGAGCCGCUGCUGGCCCUCGAGUUUCUGCACCGCGUCGCCGACGCCCUCGAGGAGUUUCUGGGCAGCCCGCUGUUGGCCAGCAAAAUCGAGGCGAGCUACGAGGUCGUCGCCCAGCUGCUGACGGAGAUGUGCGAUGCCGGCACCGUGGGCACCACCGAGCCCGAUGCGCUGCACGACCUGGUCGAGGUCGAGGGCCUCGUCGGCAAGCUGCUCGGCAGCAUCACGCUGCCCAGCAAGGCCGCCGCUGCCCUCUCGUCUGCCGCCGCCCAGGCCACGUCGUCCUCGCUGUCCUCUGCCUCCUCGCCCAACCCCCUCCUCUCCUCCUCCAUGUCCUCCAUAUCGUCGUCCUCCAUCAAGGGGCCACAAAACGGCGGCAGCGCCGCAGCGGCCGGUGGCGGGCCGGCCUUGCCCUGGCGCCGCGCCAACGUCCGCCACACAUCCAACGAGAUGUACGCCGACGUUGUCGAGUCGCUGUCAGUCACGCUGGCGCCCUCGGGCCGCCCCCUGGCUGCCUUUGCCCAGGGCUCCAUUGCCUUUACCGCCAAGGUCUCUGGCUUGCCGGACAUAUUGCUGACGCUGACGGGGCCCUCGGGCAAGCACAACCUCGGCCGCAUCCUGGAGCUGCCCGUCUUCCACCCGUGCGUGCGACUCGCGCGCUGGAAAGAGCGGCCCGGCGAGCUCAGUUUCGUGCCGCCCGACGGCCGGUUUUUGCUGGCCGCCUACGAGGUUGACCUCAUGCCCUUUGACGCGGCCAACGGCGACGCAUUUUCUGCCACCGCUGCCAACAGCGGCCUGCGCAUGCCCGUCAAUGUCGAGAUCAAGACGAACCUGGGCCCUGUCGGCGCCGACUUUGCCGUCCGCGCCACCAUCAACCGCACAUUUGCCUUUGGCCGCCCGAACGGCCCUUCCAGUAGCGGUGGCGGCGGUGGUGGCGGCGGAGGUGGAGGAGGCGUUCGUAGUCUCGGUGGCCCGCAUCCGGGCUCACCGGGCACCCCGCUGUUGGAGGAUGUGCGCAUCACCAUCCCUCUCCCGUCGGACGUGCGGAACCUGCUCGAGAUCCGGCCCACGCGCGGCGAUGCCGUUUACAACCCGGGCGAGCGCGUUCUCGAGUGGCACAUCCCGGCCAAGGACGUUGCCAGCGGUAUGACGUCCUUUGGCCUGCAGUGCACGGUGGUCGGCCAGCAACGGCCCGGGCAUCUCGACCUGGACGGCGACGACAGCGAAAACAGCGACGACGACAAUGCUGGCGGUGGCGGUGGCAGCGGACAGCAGAGCAGGCCAAACAACGACUACGGUUUUGCCGCAUACACGGACGACGAGCCCUAUCAAGACGACGCCCCGAAGCAAGACCGCGCAGAAACCCAGGGAGCACCCCUUCGGCGAAAAGAAAAGAAGAAGAAGAAGAAAGACAAGGGUACGGGCACUGGCACAACAAAAACAAAAUCCGCAAAGACAAAAAAGGCCCCCAAAACGCCAAAUACCGUACCCAGUUCGUUGGAAGCCGCGCCUCCCAUCGAGACGGCGGCCGAAGCGGCGGCCAGCCGCAAAAUCGCCCAGAACAAGAUCUUGAUGCCCAGUUCGGCCUCGGUGAGCUUCUCCGUCAAGGGCUGGUUGGCGAGCGGCGUUCGUGUCGAGAGUAUUGUCCUCGAUACCAAGCGCAGCCGCGGCCUCGGCGACGGUGUGCGGCCCUUCAAGGGCGUCAAGUACGUGACCGUCAGCAAGGGCGGCAUUGAGCUGCGGUGUUAG